CCAAAUCAGGGCAUCCAUUUGGUGGUUCAGCCCGCUUCUUCUCCUCCACUCUGCAGUUCAACUUCUCUCACUCCGCCUUCCCCUGCUUGGCUGCUUGGUUCUUCCAGUUCCAGAACACCUCCCCCUGGACCUGGAGCAACAAGUCCCUUCCGGCCGGCAUUGCAUCCUUUUUGCUGGGCUCAACAAGAUUCUGCCGCUGCUUAGGUAAAGGAAACUUUCGGGGCUUUCUACAGCGAGAAGCUACAGGUUUCUCUCUCGUUAAGCCAGGACAUUGAUAGGCGGCCAGAUGAGCAAUUCCUGUCAAUGCUGCAAGAGAUACUGGACUCAUUUGCAUGGAAAGGUCAGGUGUUUCGUCACGCACAUGGAUAGACACUCUAGGCAUCGCAUGGUCAUACCAGAGAGAUUUGUGAACUAUUUCGCGUGGAAGCUGUCAGCAGCCAUCGAACUAGAAGCCCCCAAUGGUAAUGUGUACGAUGUCGGAAUUACUGAGCGUAGGAAUAAAACAUUGCUCAGAUCUGGGUGGGAGGCGUUUGUCGACGACAAUCAUAUAGUAGAGGGUGACUCCUUGAUGUUCCGAUACUGUGGAAAUUGUUGCUUCAAGGUUGUGGUCUUUGAUUCUAGUGGUUGUGAGAAAGUGGUGUCCUGUGCUCGCAGUCGCAGACAGAUUAAUAUCAAUGAUCAAGAACCAAGCACAAAUUCUGCAGACAUUUCGACCAGUUUCAGUGAUGGCAGUACUCAUUCGUCAGCACGAGGACGAUCGGUCGAUUGGCAGAGUGGAACCCUGGGCCAUUGUAGAAAACGAGCAAGGACAGAUGCAAUUUCUUCUCCAUCAGAUGAUUUUUCAGCAGAAGACAGUCCUUAUGAGCAUGAGUCAUCUGAAUCCGAUGAUCAGAUGCUCGCAACGCCUCUUUAUGUGUUAUCAGGGAAGUGCUAUGUAACAGAAGAAGAUGAGGCCAAUAUAGUUGAACUUGUCCGGGAAAUUCAACCUGAAAUGCCCCUGCUUGUGGCUAUGAUGAUGAAGCCCAGUUUGAAACCAUAUCCUGAUCUGGUAAUUCCCAAGGAUUACGCACUGGCACACUUUCCACGCAAAAACCAGACUAUCAAACUACAGCUGCCUGAGCAGAGCAACAAAUGGCACUGCGAGUUCCGUGUCAAAUCUGAUGGAGGUCGUUGCAAUCUGAAGGAGUGUGGCUUUGUCCGUGACAAUAAUUUACUGGAGGGAGAUCUGUGCGUCUUUCAGCCCAUGACGAAUCGUAAGGGUAGAACAUUCAAAUUGAUGGUCCAUCUGCUUCGCAAAGUGACCAUUGAUCAUCCCUCCGGUGAAAAUCUCUCAACAUAUGGUUUGCCGAGCACAAAGAAUGCCCCAACAUUGUGUAUUAAGGAGGAACCAAAUGACGGAGAAGAUAGUUUUGGAGAAAGUUGGAGCCAUUGCAUCAGAUCUGCACAUCUAUGUCGCAGUCAUGACCAAGACCAAUGUCCGUGUCGCUCUAACCUUUGCCACACAAUACGCUGUCAAGUACCUCCGAAAUGGGAGCCGGAGUUUCGUGCUUCAGCUGGAGGGGAAGAGCCAAAGAUGGCAUGGCGAGAUGCACGACAAGAAAGGUGCCUUGAGGAUAAGUGGAGGCUGGACUUCUUUUGCCAGCGACAACGGCCUGCAGGAGGGGGACAUCUGCCUCUUCGAGCUGAUGAAAAACAAGGGGGGACUGAAGAAGAUGACGGUCUACAUCAUUUGCAGAGAAUUGCUAGUUUGAUGCCACUGACGGGAAACAGACAUGUAUCCACUCUCUGUGCUAGCAUUUGUAUAUACUCUAGAGGGCUCUUUGUUGCCUUUGUGUUUUGGAAGUCGAAACUAUGGGUACGGCCAUUCGCUGGAGUGAGGACGAUAGCUCUCUGUAUGGCAAACUAGACACUAAAUUUUAAACAGCUUAUGACCGUACUUUAGUGGCAACUUUAUUUUGUA